UAUUUCGGUAUAUUCCUGAGGGUCAGACAGUAUAUUUGAUCGAUCCUGGGUCACACUGCCUGUCACAUAAUAACUGUUCCCGCACUUGCUUGCGUUUUUUAAUUUGAUUGAUUCUCGAGCUGGUUGAAAAUGAUGAUAGCUCACGCUGUACGAGGGCGGGCCCUGUCCACGACAAUUGCAUGGACCCGCCCGGGACAAAGUGCCUUGACUAGACACUUUAGCGAGAAGGUUACGCGCCUGCAGAGAUUCAAUGGCGCGACAAUGGUGAUGGCUCAGCGCUUCUACAGUCGCAAACGCGAUUAUCCCGAGGACAAGAAAGCGCCAGCGGUAACAGAAUUGCUGUCCGACCAAGAUUCUAACCUGCCUGCCACAGUGGCCGUGCCCGACGUAUGGCCACAUGUUCCGCUGCUAGCCAUGCGUAAGAAUCCCUUGUUUCCGCGAUUCAUGAAGACUGUGGAGGUGUCCAACCCCAUUGUUAUGAAUCUGCUGCGUCGCAAAGUUAGCCUUAAUCAGCCCUACGUUGGGGUUUUCCUCAAGAAAGUCGACGGGGAAGAGGAGGUCGUCCAGAGUCUGGAUGAGGUCUAUCACCUGGGCACUUUUGCACAGAUCCAAGAGGUUCUGGAUUUGGGCGACAAGAUGCGCAUGGUGGUGGUGGCCCAUCGUCGCAUACGCAUCAGAGGACAGGUGAUCGAGGAUCUACCACAUCCAAAAAAGCCAGCUGAAGAUCGAACAACAAUCAACGAAUCAUCGACAUCGACAAUUAGGCAGAAAUUACAAGAGUCUGCAGCUUCCGCUGACAGUGAAUUCGAUUUGGAAGAGCGUUCGGAAGAGAGUACAUCAGCUAGCCCCGUUGCAGAGUCUGCUGCACCGGCUGCAUCACCGCCCGUGCUCAUUGUAGAGGUUGAGAAUGUGAAGCUACCAGUUUACAAAGAAACCGCAGUGGUCAAGGCGCUAAGACAAGAGAUUGUCAAGACUCUACGCGACAUUAUCACCAUGAGUCCCCGGUAUAGGGAGAGUCUCCAUCAAAUGCUGCAUCAGAAUCAACGAGUUGUGCACAACCCCAUCUACCUAUGCGACUUGGGUGCCUCCCUGUCGACCGGAGACCCAGAGGAGCUGCAAAGUAUCCUGGAGGAAGAAGAUAUCCCAAAACGUCUGCAGCUGUCCCUCACAUUACUCAAAAAAGAGCAGGAGCUAUCGAGACUGCAGGCGAAAAUAGGACGCGAGGUAGAGGAAAAAGUCAAGCAGCAGCACCGAAAAUACAUACUGCACGAAAAGUUGAAGGUUAUCAAAAAGGAGCUGGGCAUUGAAAAAGACGACAAGGAUGCCAUCGGUGAAAAUUAUAUGGAAAAGCUCCAGGACAAAAUCGUUCCAGAAAGUAUUAAGCAGGUCAUCGAUGAGGAACUGACCAUACUGAAAUUACUGGAGAAUCAUAGCUCUGAAUUUAAUGUAACCCGCAACUACCUCGACUGGCUCACCUCGCUACCCUGGGGCGUCAUGAGCACUGAGAAUCUCUGCCUGGACAAAGCCAACGAGAUCCUAAACAAUGAUCACUACGGCAUAGAGGAUAUCAAGAAGCGCAUCCUAGAGUUUAUCGCCGUCAGUGCUCUGAAAGGCACCACGCAGGGCAAGAUCUUGUGCUUCCAUGGACCGCCUGGGGUAGGCAAGACGAGCAUAGCCAAGUCCAUUGCUCGGGCCCUGAAUCGCGAGUACUUCCGCUUCAGUGUGGGCGGCAUGACGGAUGUGGCUGAGAUCAAGGGACAUCGUCGCACCUACGUGGGCGCAAUGCCCGGCAAGCUGAUACAGUGCUUGAAAAAAACCAAGACUGAGAAUCCUCUAGUGCUCAUUGAUGAGGUUGACAAGAUUGGCAAGGGCUAUCAGGAAGAUCCCAGCUCGGCGCUGUUAGAGCUACUCGAUCCCGAGCAGAAUGCCAAUUUCCUGGACCACUAUCUGGACGUGCCAAUCGAUCUGUCGCGUGUGCUAUUCAUUUGCACGGCCAACGUGAUUGAUACCAUACCAGAGCCGCUGAGAGAUCGCAUGGAGCUGAUUCAGAUGUCCGGCUAUGUGGCCGAGGAGAAGGUGACCAUUGCCCGCCAGUAUCUAAUACCGCAGUCGAUGAACGACUGUGGCCUGACCGACGAGCAUAUCAGCAUAACCCAGAAAGCCCUGAAUAUGCUGAUACGCAACUAUUGCCGCGAGUCCGGAGUGCGCAACUUGCAGAAACAGAUCGAGAAGGUUAUUCGCAAGGUGGCCUUCCUUUUUGUCAAGAAAGAGGGCACCAGCUUCCCAGUGGAUGCCGAAAAUCUGACCACAUUCCUGGGCAGGCAGAUCUUUACCUCGGAUCGCAUGUACGAGACGACGCCGCCGGGCGUGGUCAUGGGCCUGGCCUGGACGGCCAUGGGUGGCUCAUCGCUGUACAUUGAGACAUCGCCGCGGAACAAAUAUAAAAGCCUGGGCCCCAUAUCAGAAGCCAGUGGUGUAAGCGGAGGUGGCACUUUGUAUAUCACCGGAAACCUUGGAGAUGUGAUGAAGGAAUCGGCCCAAAUAGCCCUGACCGUGGCGCGAAACUUUAUUCACAUUCGAGAUCCUGGAAAUCAGUACCUAGAGCUUGCAAACAUCCACCUUAAUGUUUCUGAGGGGGCCGUACCAAAGGAUGGACCCAGUGCUGGCGUCACCAUAGUCACCGCCCUAAUUUCGUUGGCCACCAACAAGCCUGUGCGUAAUGAUGUGGCCAUGACGGGCGAGAUAUCGCUGAAGGGCAAAGUUCUGCCCGUAGGAGGCAUCAAGGAGAAGGCCAUAGCCGCACGUCGCAGUGGCGUCCACUGUCUCAUCCUGCCCGCGGACAACAAGAAGGACUUCGAGGAAUUGCCCAAGUUCAUAACCGAAGGCCUGGAUGUUCACUUUGCGGCCAACUACGAGGAUGUCUACAACAUUGCAUUUUCCGAGCCCACCAAAAACGAGGCCGAGGCCCAAGUAUUGCCAGCGUCGGAUCAGGAGCCCCUCGAGGUGUCCAGCGUAGACUGCGCGGCCGGCGCAAUGCCAUUCAGGCCUCGUAUUAUCUUAGAGGUUUGGGGUUACAUCGUUGUAUGGACAUCGUAUCAGUAUAAUUAGUGUAUGUAGACAAUUCAAAAGCAUUUGCUAAACCUAAGCUAAUGUACAUAAAUCGAGUCUGUAUAUCCGACACAAUGCCGAUGGAACUGUCACGUAGUAGUUUGUUGAUUAGAUAUCAGUAUUAUUUUCCGAGGUUCAGUUCAUAUGUUUAAAAAAAUGGGGCUUAAGUGGCCUAAGUU